CGUCGCCCAGCGGUCUAGUACGAACGUAUACCGAACGCUUUGUAUAUCCUGUAAAUUAUAUCCUGUGUGUGCGAUUGAUCUCGUCUGCCUGGCAGAAGGCGAAGGAAAUCCCUGAAACGAUAUUACAAGCCAAGUGCGCUUGAGUUCGUGUAUUUCCGGUUGAACAAACACAUAAGCGAAACAUAAAGGAAAGGCGGAAUAUAAAAAAAAAAAUAUACGAAAUUCCACAUGCCCCAUACUUAUGCCAAUAAAUAUAUAUAUAUAUAUAUGUAGUAUAUAAAGAGGAGUAAAGCCAGCCAGCACGAAAAGUGAAAAUACAUAAAGGAGAGUUGAGGCGAGAGCAUAUUUCAUACAGAACACAGAAAACACAGGCGAGAGCCAGAGAAAGCUGGCGACAAAGGCUAACGCACGACCUUUGGCACCGAGUUCAGAUCCAGCGGAGGGGUCAGCGAAUCAAUAGAGAAACAAAGGCACCGCAACUGCAUCCCCAUCCCCGAGUCCAGUUUCAAGUUUAGCGACCAAAAUUCACUCGCAAAUAAUGCUGACCAUGUCGACCCUGAUGAUGCCAGCCCCGACCAUAGCCAUGGGUGCCCCGCAGAUCACAAUGGGUCCGCACAAGCCCCCGGAAACGAAGCUGCUGGCCAUCCAUCCCGCAGCAGCGGCCGCAGCAGCCGCCCAGCAGCAACAGCAGCAGCAGCAGCAGUCGGUGACAGCCGCCCAUUUGCAGCACAAUGGCCAGCAGCAGCACUCGCAGCAGCAGCAAAUGUCGCAGCAGCAGCAACAGCAGCAGCAGCAGCUCGUGGGCAGCAACUCC